AAAUUUAGGCCAGCUAACUGGGAACAGUGCAAAGGAAGUGAGAAUGAAAAGCUGAAGUCUGUCACCCUGGAGGAGGCCAUUGCCGGCCCAAACAACAGUAAGAAAGGCAACAAUAGUGAUGGAAACAAACACUGUGAUCCCUUUGAAGACACAAAGGAUAAAGAUCCUCCUGUGACAUACUUCAUGGAGAGGCAGCCAGUGAGAGAGCUGUCCAUUAGUGAGAUGUCAUCAGAAAUGCCACAUAGUCUCACUCUCCAGCUGGACAGAAAACACAAAAUCUCAGAUUACAGCAGCCACGUUGAGACUACUGUGGAAGAGCUGCCAGAGGACCCUCUGCUGAAAGCCAAGCAAAGACGAGUUUCUAAAGGGCUCCAUCCUAAAAAACGACACUUGCUACACCUUAGACAAUGGUGUGACCAGAAGAUGUCAAUAGCAGAGAGGAAACCUAGCCAGCAAGGCAGGAAAGAAGUGACACAGACAGUUCAGUCUGAGGUCACUGCCCAAGGGAAUAACAUCACUCAAGAGAAAACCGGAAGGAAAAGGGCAGAGGCCAAAGGUAACAGAAGUUGUUCCGAGGAGUCAGUCAGAUCCACUGGCAAUGAACAAGGCUUGCCUGUGUUCUCCUGUUCUUCACCCUUGAAGAACCUUUUAUCUACCAGUGAAAGUGGCAAAAAGCAGACUCAGAAAAGUCUGAGGUCACCUGCCAAGCAGCAAAAAAUUAAAGAAACCCUUAAAACAGAUGUACUGUGCACAGAUGAAAAAGAGGAUUUCCAGGCUGUUUCCCUGCAACAGAAAUACACAGACAACAGUGAGAAGCCAUCUGGAAAGAGACACUGCAAAACCAAGCAUUUGAUACCACAGGAGCCUAGACAGGAGUUGGCGCUGACAGGGGACCACUAUAGGGAGAAAACUGAUGGCCAGGUGACUGUCCAGAGAUUCAGAAAGUGGCCAGAGCCCAGAUCGGACUGUGACUUGUCAUCAGUCAAGCAGGAACCAAAACACUUUGAGAAGUUGCUACCAGCUUCCCAGUCUAUGCAGCUGCCAUGCUCUAAUUCUCCUCAAGAAAACAUUCAGUCUUGCUUGAUACCACCUGGAGCGCGGAAACUUUUUGUCAAUAAGAAUGCUGGUGAAACCCUCUUGCAGCGCGCAUCCAGGCUUGGCUAUGAGGAUUUGGUAUUACAAUGUCUAGAGAAUAAGAUUUGUGAUGUAAAUCAUCGUGACAAUGCAGGUUACUGUGCCCUACAUGAAGCUUGUGCAAAUGGAUGGCUCCACAUUGUUCAACACCUUCUUAAAUAUGGUGCUGAUGUCAACUGCAGUGCCCAUGAUGGAACCAGGCCUCUCCAUGAUGCAGUUGAAAAUGAUCAUUUGGAAGUUGUCCGCCUGCUCCUCUCCUAUGGUGCUGACCCCACACUGGCCACCUACUCAGGAAGAACCAUCACGAAAAUGACCCGCAGCAAAGUUAUGGAAACAUUUCUCAAAGAUUAUUUCCAUGACCUACACGGUUAUAGUGACAGUGAGUUGAAUACCUCUUGGGAAUUCUAUGGAAGCUCUGUCUGUGAACCAGAUAAUAAAGCUGGAUAUAAUGUUUUGGCAAGUCCCCCAGGACCAGAGGAUGAAAAUGAGGCUGACAGUGAUGCAUUUGAAUUUGAAUUUUCAGAUAGCCCUCUAUUACCAUGUUAUAACAUUCGAGUGUCUGUUUCUCAGGGGCCACGAAACUGGUUAUUAUUUUCAGAUGUUCUUAAGAAAUUGAACAUGACAUCCUGUACAUUCCACUGUACUUUUCCAAAUGUGACAGUUGUCACAAUUGCAGAGGCAGAGUUUUAUAAGCAAGUUUCAGCAAGUCUCUUGUUUUCUUGCUCCAAAGACUUGGAAUCCUUCAAUCCAGAAAGCAAGGAACUAUUAGAUUUGGUUGAAUUCACAAAUGAACUUCAGAUUCUUCUUGGUUCAUCUGUGGAAAGGUUAAAUCCCAAGGAUAUGGCCUUGGAGAAGGACCACUGGUGA